AUGGAGUACACGGUUCGCAUGCCAAUGCUGCCCAUUGACGACCGUCUUCCAGGCAACAUGCCGCCCGAUGAUACGAUCUGGUCGUCGAUUGAUGACGCAUGGACCUCGAUGGCAAUCUGGGUGCUCAUGGUGUUUCAAAGCACCAAGAACGAGUCAAUGGAGACCAUGCGAUCUCAUUUACACCGCGCAAAGCACUUGUACGAAAACGCUGCGCUCGACAGUCUCGAGUCGUGCCGCCUACUAGGGCCUCUACUCCAACACGCCGUCCAUGCUGAUGACGACGUCAAGCAUGCCACGUCAUCGAGCCUUCUUCUCCGUGCGCUCGACGAGGCUACCUCGUUGACCCGUCUCGACACAGUCCUGGAGCACUUGUUGGCGACGCUUCAGCUGGAACGCGGCCGUCGACAGCUCUCGAUGGCACAGCGUCGGACCAGUGCGAAGAACGCCGUGGUGGCUUUGAGCGCGACGGCGGUCAUCUCGCGUGUCGAGGCGGCGCCCAUGGCAGCGACGUGCGGAGUGCUUCUCAGCGCCAGUGUCGCAAUCGAGGCCGCGCUGGAAGGAGCCAUUCACGCCGUGCAAACCGAGAUGCGACUUUUUAGUGACUUGCGCGUCAGCGCCCAGCUCACUCGGCACUGGUUGCUCGUCUCGUCCUCCCUCCUGUUUGACAUCCAAGCCAUGACCCUCGAGCAGCAGUGCCGCCACGUACUCGCACAUUUUGCCAAAGGGGACGACUAA